ACUUCCGGUUCCGUACAGCUGCAAACAACAUGGCGAAAGCCGGGGAGAAGAGUGGCGGUGGCGGGAAGCGAGGUUUGAAGAGGAAAGCCGCCGCCGAAGAGCCUCAAGAGGCUGCGGUCGCGGGCGAUGGGGCGGCGGAGAGCGGGGUGCAGCCCCCGAAAGCGGGUGCCUUCCCCCCGGGCUUCAGUAUCUCGGAGAUUAAGAACAAACAGCGGCGACACUUGAUGUUCACGCGGUGGAAGCAGCAGCAGCGGAAGGAAAAGUUGGCAGCUAAGAAAAAACUUAAAAAAGAGAGAGAGGCUCUUGGUGAUAAGGCUCCACCAAAGCCUGUUCCCAAGACCAUUGACAAUCAACGAGUCCCUGAUGAAACCGCAGUAGACCCCAAUGAUGAAGAGGUCGCUUAUGAUGAAGCUACAGAUGAAUUUGCUUCCUACUUCAACAGACAGACAUCUCCAAAGAUUCUCAUCACGACAUCGGAUAGACCUCAUGGGAGGACAGUACGACUCUGUGAGCAGCUCUCAACAGUUAUACCAGAUUCACAUGUUUAUUACAGAAGAGGACUGGCUCUGAAAAAAAUUAUUCCACAGUGCAUUGCAAGAGAUUUCACAGACCUGAUAGUUAUUAAUGAAGAUAGGAAAACACCGAAUGGCCUUAUUUUGAGUCAUUUGCCAAAUGGCCCAACUGCUCACUUUAAAAUGAGUAGUGUUCGUCUUCGUAAAGAAAUUAAGAGACGAGGCAAAGAUCCCACAGAACAUGUUCCUGAGAUAAUUCUGAAUAACUUCACAACACGGCUUGGUCAUUCCAUUGGACGCAUGUUUGCGGCUCUCUUUCCUCAUAAUCCUCAAUUUAUUGGAAGGCAGGUUGCCACAUUCCACAAUCAGCGGGAUUACAUCUUCUUCAGGUUUCACAGAUAUAUAUUCAAGAGUGAAAAGAAAGUGGGAAUUCAGGAACUUGGACCACGUUUUACCUUAAAAUUACGAUCUCUUCAGAAGGGAACCUUUGAUUCUAAAUAUGGAGAAUAUGAAUGGGUCCAUAAGCCACGGGAAAUGGAUACAAGUAGAAGAAAAUUCCAUUUAUAAAGUACUGAGGGAGUAGUAUUGAAUUUUGCUGGACAGGCUUGUCUUGAAAAACAUGGUAAAUUAUUUAACAAAGCACCCUUUUCAAAAUGGAGUUGAUUUUUGUAAAUCUUAUAUUUGAACAAAUGACCAAGUGCCAUGAAUUUCUACUGUGUUAUUGUAAAUAUAAAUAAAUAUAAUUUUGGUGAGGUCUAAAAGUCCUAAA